GGAUCGGCACCGGGAUCCGGGGCUGGGAUCCAGGAUCGGCUCCGGGACCGGGAUCCGGGACUGAGAUCCAGGAUCGGCACCGGGAUCGGGACCGGGAUCGGGGACCCCCGGCCCGGCUGCGGACCCCAGAGAGGCUCCAGGGCAGCUCUGCGGACAUUCCUUGGAAUUCCCGGCGGGAAUCAGCGGAGCGAGAGCGGGGCCGUGACCUCGGUGACCCCGGAAAGGGCCCGCACCUUCCUCCCCCCUCCUCCUCCUCCUCCCCCCGAACUUCCUCUUCCUCCCUGGGCACGGAACCCGCGGGGCGCCGCUCCUGGGACCCCCCUGAGACCCGCAGAGCUCCUCGUGUGCUUUUGGGACUGACCGAAUUCCUGGGACACUUUUGGCACUGCCGGAAUUUUUGGGACACUUUUGGCACUGCCGGAAUUUCUCGGACACUUUUGGCACUGCCGGAAUUUCUGGGCCGCCGCCGGGCCAGGUGAGGCUGCCCCGUUCCCUUCCCGCUUUUGGGACCCAUGUUCUGCUUCCCGUCCAGGAGGAAGGGGCGCAAGGAGGAUCCCCCCGAAUCCAUGGAUCGCCGGGUUUCCCCGCAGGAGUCGCCCCGGCAGCCGGAUCCGGAGGGGUUUUCCGUGCUGGGCGGUACCGGGAAGGGCCGGGCCGGGCCGUGCAGCCGGGAUGGGAUCCGAGGAGCCGGGCAGGGCGGGAGAAACACCGGGAAAGAGCCGGGAGAGGCGGGAGACGGGCACGGAUGUGCCCAGGUGGACGGGAAAGAACCGGGGAGCCGCCGGAAUGCUGGAGCCCAGCCGGGAAAGCUGAGCCCCAGCGGGAUCCCACCCCUCGGGAGGGAUUUUGGGAAUGUGCAGAGGGAAGGGAUGGAUCAGCCUCAGCCCCCGCUCCGGGCUGGGAGCAGCGAGGAUGAGGAGGGAGCAUCCGGCGGCUCUUCCCAGAACCGGGAUGGUGCCCAGAGCCCAGGAGCAGAGCCCAGGGAGCAGCUCUGGGAAAAGCUGAGCAGGCUGGGAGAGAACAUGGAGAAGUGGGAAGGGAAAUCCACGACAGAGCUGGCGGCCAGGCUGGCACAGCUCAUCGUGGGGACGCCGACCCGCUGCUACCCUGUGCAGCCGGGAAUCCUCCGGGAGCCGGGAAUCCAGCAGGAACUGGGAAUCCAGCAGGAACUGGGAAUCCAGCAGGAACCGGGAAUCCAUCAGGAACCAGGAAUCCAUCAGGAGCUGGGAAUCCAUCAGGAGCCGGGAAUCCAUCAGGAGCCGGGCUCUGGAGCCAGCCAGGACACCGGGAAUCCGGCCGGGAGGGCCGGCGGGAGUGCUGAGAGCAGGGAGGAGGAUUCAGACCCGGAUUCAGGCUCGGACUCGGAGCAGCCCGUUGUGCUUGCGUGCCUGCGGGUGAGCCCGGGCUCCGGGGCGCUGGCAGAGGAGCUCCCGGAGGCGUGGGCGCGAUCCCGCCUGGACUGCGGGCGGCUGGAGCAGGAGGAGCUGCUGGACGGGGACCCGGUGCCCUUCCAGGCGGAGCGCCCGCAGCCCUGGCACGUGGAGAGGCGGAUGGAGGAGCUGCUGCCGGAAUACCUGGAGCAGGGGAUCGUGGAGGAGGGCACGUCCAGCUCCAACAACCCCUGGACCGUCAUCCCGAAGAAGAACGGGCGCGGCUGGCGCCUGUCCCUGCAGUGCUCGGCCCUCAACGACGCCACCCCCGUGGGGCCCCCGGAGCGGCCGCGGCGGGAGGCGAUCCUGGCGGCCAUCAGCCCCCGGAGCCGCUUCUUCUCCGUGCUGGAUCUGUCCAACGCCUGCCUCGCCAUCCCCCUGGCCCCCCGCUGCCGGGGCCGCUUCGCCUUCACCUUCCGGGGCCGGCAGUUCGUGUUCGCGCGGCUGCCGCCCACGUUCCGCGGCACCAGCUCCAUCCUGCAGCGCCGCGUGGCCGCCAUGCUGGCCCAGCUGGGGCGCGGAGACGCUCCCGGCGUUUUCCACCACUACGACGACAUCCUGAUCACCGGGAAGAGCCGCUCGCAGGCGGAGCGCCGCACCCGCCAGGUGCUGCGGCUGAUCCACAGAACCGGCUUCAAAGCCAACCCGGACAAGGCGCAGCUGGUGCGGAGCAAGGUGGAUUACCUGGGAUUCACCAUCCGAGCCAAGGGGUUCAGCGUUCCCGAGGAAAAAGUGCGGGAGAUCUGCGCGGAUCUCGACGCUCCCGGCCCCUGGGAUCCCACCAGGCUCCGCUCCGUCCUCGGGAAGUUCAACUCCUUCAGGAAUUUCAUUCCCGACCACUACGAGCUGGCGCUGCCGCUGCAGCGCCUGGCGGGGCCGGGGAGCUGGGAGCAGGAAUGGGAAUGGGGGCAGGAGCAGAGGCAGCAGCUGCAGCGCCUGAGGGAGGCUCUGGAGGACGCUCCCGUCCUGCGCUUCCCGGUGAGAUCCCAGCCCUUCCUGAUCCGGAUCACCGUCCACGCGGAGACGGCGGGAGCGGCGCUGCUGCAGGAGCACGAGGGAGUCCUGCUCCCGGUGUGGUACAGCUCCCACAGGCUGAGCGGCCAGAAUCCGUCCGUGCCCGACGCGUGGUGCGUGGCGGCCGUCCGGGCCGUGCGGGAAUUCCGCACCUUCACGGGGCCGGCUCCCGUCGUCCUCCAGGAUCCCAGCGGGAAUUACCUGCUGCAGGUGUCGGACGCCGGCGGCUGCUGGCGCUCGGAGGAGUGGACGGUGCUGGUGGCCCCCGGGGGCCCGGCGCCGCGGGAAUCGCCGAGGAUCGUCGUCGGGCUGGCUCCGCCGCUCGGGGAGCUGCCUCCCGACUUCCCCAGAGCCCACGUGUGGUUCCUGGCCGUGCAGAGGGGAGCGCGCCGGGACACGUCCGUGGGCUUCGGGCUGGCCUGCCUGGAGGGCCGGCUGAUGACGGCGGUGGCCGGGAGGAGCUCGGUGCCCGAGGUGGAGCUGGAGGCGCUGCGGGAGCUCCUGGAGCAGCACGGGAGCCGCUCCCCGCUGCUCCUCUACUGCAACUGCCCGGGCCUGGCGGCGCGGCUGGAGCAGCGGGAGCGGGAGCAGGGCGGGGAUUCCGGCGGCGACACCUGGCGCAUCGUGCGGCGCUGGCUCCGAGCCUUCCCGGGAAUGCUCCGCAUCCGCGAGGUGGGACCGGCCUCGGACCCGCUGGAGAGGGAGCGGAUCCAGGAGCUGAGCAGCUCGGUCGCGAUCCUGCCCGAGAUCACCAAGAGCAGCUGGAUCAUCUGGAAACCGUCCAAGUACGAGGAGCAGGAAGCGCUGGCCCGCUGCCACUGCCAGCACGAGGGCGUGGAGGAGACCGCGGCCAGGCUGGGGGAGGUGGGAUUCUUCGGAAGCGACGGGGGGGAUGCCGUGACCCGGUGGGUGCAGAACUGCCCCGUGUGCAGGCACAACAUCCCCGUUCCCAAUCCCGAGCCCGACGCCCCGCAGCGGGCGCGGGGCCCCUGGUCCUGCCUGCGGAUCAGCCUCUCCAAGGCCCUUCCCAGCACUCCCGAGGGCUUCCAGGCACUGCUGGUGGCCCAGGACGCGCUCUCGGGCUGGCUCGACGCCUUCCCGCUGCGCCAGCGCUCCGCGCCGGAUGUCACCCAAGCGCUCCACCAAGUUUUCAGGCGUCUGGGGAAGGUCAGGACCGUGGUGCUGGCGCCGGCGCCCGGCUGGGUGUGGGAUUCCCUGCAGGAGCCGCCGCUGCGGGGCUUCUGGAGCCGCCUGGAGCGCUCGGGGCCGCAGGCGGCCGCCGCGGGCGUGUUCCGGGCGGCUCGGGCGGCCGGGCAGGGCUGGGCCCAGGCGCUGCCGCUGCUCCUGGCCGCCAGCAGGUCCCGCUGGCUCCAGGACGGGGAGCUGCAGCCGCUGCUCUGCGUCCCCGAGCUGCCCCUGGAAGUGUGCUGGGAAUGGCCCGGCGCGGAGCAGCCUCCCCGUGGGAAUGGCAGCAGCGGGAACGAGCUGUCCCGGCUGCGCGGGAUGCGGCUCCGGCCGCGGCCCUGGAAUCAGGUGGAGCCCACGCUCUGGAACGCGGCGGCGCCACCCGGCACCUGGAUACUGGGGCACCGGAACUGGGGCGUGCCGGACCCCGGCUCCAGGUACGCCAGGCUGGCCUGCACCAUCCGCUGGAUCCAGGAUUGGAGCGCCGGGUCCGGGAUCAGAAUCCGCCAGAUCCGCAGGCAGGGGGCGCUGGAUCUGGGAUCGGGGUAUCAGGAAUUCGGGAUCGGGAUAGCAGAGAUGAGGGUUCGGGAUAUGAGGGGUCCGGGAUCGGGAUGUGAGGGAUUCGGGAUCAGGAUGUGAGGGGUCCGGGAUCAGGAUAUCCGGGAUCGGGAUAUCAGGGAUCCAGUACUGGGAUCUGAU